AUGACGCCCCAGCCGUGCGCCCGUGACGCCCCGUCGCCCGCGUUCGCGCGUUUUCCGCUGGCGCCCUGCGUGUCCGUGCACUGCGGAGUUGCUGCUGCCCCUCACCAACCGCGCCACGUCCGGCUUCGCCCGCGCUUGGCUGCCGAGUCGCCGUGCCGGACUCUCUCCGGCUCCGCGUCCCGCGCCGGUCGGGUCGCCGCUGCCGCCUCAUGCGCGCCGGCCCCGCUCGCCGGCUCCGCGUCCCGCGCCCGCCGGCUUGCCGCUACCGCCUCCCGCAUGUCGUCUCCGCGUCGGGCCUCCCAAGCCGCCCGCUCGCCGAUUCCCGGUCGGCCUCCGCGCGACGCCGUCUCCACGCACUCGGCCGCUGCUGUGGCCGGCUCCCACUCGCCCCGCGCCGACUCCCGCCCCCACCCGUCCGGCGUCACAGCCGCCGGCUCUGCGCGACUCAGCACCGUCCGGCGUCCCGCUCGUCGUUUCAGCUUCGCCCGGAGGCCUCCCGUGCUGGCUGGCUCGCGCCCGCACCCCGGCCGCCCCCGCGCUCCUCUGCCUCGCUCCGGCGGCGCCCCCGCUCCGCUGCCGGCCACCCAAGCCUAG